AGAGCGGGAGUGGCAUGCUGCUGACGGUUGGUUAUAAAUAAGUAUUUCUCUGGGCCAGAACCCAGACAACCAGACCCAGGGGAGAUAGGGGAGCAGCGGAAUCACCAUUGCCCAGUCCAAGCACAGGGUGGCGAUGGAGACCUCCUCUACAACCAAACAGUCUGACCAGGAGGUUCCCAAGAAAGAAAGGACAGAUGGAGAGCCUGGUGAGAACAGGGAAGAAGAAGAGACAGUGGAAAAUGGAACAGCAGUGGUGUCUGACUGUAAGCAGAUGGCCAGGGAGGCGUUGGACAGACUGAACGUCUGGGAGCCCAGUGUUUACUACACCCUGGGAAAAGAGUCCUUCUUCAUCGCUGGUCAUGAGAUCUGCAUCCGAGAGUCUCUGGACUCCUACGGCGCCCUCAUCUGGCCGGGGGCGGUAGCUCUAAGUCAGUUCCUGGAGAAUAACCGGCAGCAGGUGAAUCUCCUGGAUAAAGCAGUUCUGGAGAUCGGGGCAGGCACAGGCUUACUGUCUAUUGUGGCGAGUCUACUGGGAGCCUGGGUAACAGCCACCGACCUGCCCGAAAUCCUUCCCAACCUGACCUUUAACCUCUCUCGUAACUCCAAGAGCCGCUGCCGCUACACGCCCCAGGUGAGGGCCCUCACCUGGGGUCAAGACCUUGAGAGAGACUUCCCCUGCACUUCCUGUCGCUAUGACUAUGUUCUGGCAGCCGAUGUGGUGUAUCACCACGACUACCUGGAGGAGCUGCUGGCGACCAUGCGCCACUUCUGCAGACCAGCAAGUGGCACCACGCUCCUGUGGGCCAAUAAGGUGAGGUUUCAGUCAGACCUGAGGUUCAAGGAGAGCUUUGAGAGUUGUUUUAGUACGACGCUGCUGACAGAGCUGAAGGAGGGGGACGUGAGGAUCUAUAAGGCCACUGCACGGGAGUGAGAGGGAGGAAAGGAGGGAGAGAGGAUAGACGUGGAGGGGAUAGUGAGAAAUGAAGGAGAAAGAGGGAUGGAGAGACCAGGGAGGAUAGGAGCUAGACUCAAGGAAAUGAGGUGAGAAAUAGAAAGAAGAGAUGGAGGUUGUUCAUCACCGUGGAUGAAACAGGAGCUCACUAGCUCACUACAGAGAACGGACUGCCUGGAGCCCAUUCUGUGGUGUCAUCCUCGGGAUGGGUACAUUCACCUCAUCAGCAUAUUAGACAGACAACAAAAGCUGAUUCUGUGUUUCAAUGACAUUCCUGUGAGCUACAUUAUAUUUACAAUGUGUCAUGCAGAAACUCCAUGUGACUUUUCAAAAAACUAUUUUAUCUACCAGUGUUUUUUUUUCUUCAUAUAUUUGAUAGUGACAAAUGUUUUGUUAAUACAUUUGCUUUGCAAUACAGUGUGAAAAAUGUGUUCCUUUCUCCAUAGUCUGCAUUGGCAUCACCACAGAUAUAUCGAAAGUUACUGUAUAAAGUUGGUGUGAAAAAUCUACAAGACAGUAUCACCUCCAUACACGACAAUGGUCAAACACUUUUCCACUAAACAUGAAAACAGACUAGUUUAAUAAGCUAAACACUCAUUUUUAUAUACAGUGCCCUCAUUAAUUAUUGGCAGCUUAGGUAAAUAUGAACAAAAAUGGCUGUGAAAAAUGUCAUUGUUGUUUAUCAGCUUGAUCUUACACUUAAAAUAUCAUAUGAAUCUAUCCUUUGAGUUAAACAUUUUCAAAGAAAAUAAAAUCAUCAUGAAAUAC